CGAGAGCCGGGCCCGGGGGCGGCGGGGCCCGCAGCCUGCCCGGCGCCCGCCAGCACCAUGCCCUUUGACUUCAGGAGGUUUGACAUCUACAGGAAGGUGCCAAAAGACCUUACACAGCCAACCUACACAGGGGCUAUUAUCUCUGUCUGCUGCUGUCUCUUCAUACUGUUUCUCUUCCUGUCUGAGCUCACCGGAUUCAUAGCCACUGAAAUAGUUAAUGAGCUGUACGUGGAUGACCCAGACAAAGACAGUGGAGGUAAAAUAGAAGUGAAUCUGAACAUCAGUUUACCAAAUCUGCAUUGUGAAUUAGUUGGACUAGACAUCCAGGAUGAAAUGGGAAGGCAUGAAGUGGGUCACAUAGACAACUCGAUGAAAAUACCUCUCAAUAAUGGGGAUGGCUGUAGAUUCGAGGGACAUUUCAGCAUCAACAAGGUCCCUGGUAACUUUCACGUGUCAACACACAGUGCCACUGCACAGCCUCAGAAUCCUGACAUGACUCACAUCAUCCACAAGCUCUCAUUUGGGGACAAGUUACAGGUCCAGAAUGUUCAUGGCGCCUUCAACGCCUUGGAGGGAGCAGACAAACUCAGCUCAAAUCCACUGGCCUCUCAUGACUACAUACUGAAGAUAGUCCCAACAGUGUACGAGGACAUGAGCGGCAAGCAGCGAUACUCCUACCAAUACACGGUGGCUAAUAAGGAGUACGUAGCCUACAGUCACACAGGCCGCAUUAUCCCAGCUAUCUGGUUUCGUUAUGAUUUGAGUCCCAUCACGGUGAAAUAUACAGAGAGGCGACAGCCUUUGUACAGGUUUAUCACAUCGAUAUGUGCCAUCAUUGGGGGAACAUUUACUGUAGCUGGGAUCCUGGACUCCUGCAUUUUCACAGCAUCAGAAGCCUGGAAGAAGAUCCAGCUGGGGAAAAUGCAGUAGCAGUGAAACUCUAAACUAGUCUUCAAGGACAGGAGCAAAGAUUGAGAAACCUACCACUACCUGUUUUUGUCUUUAUUUUCUAUUUGAUUGAAUCAGUGUGUUUUUCUCUAAUCAGGCUGUUCAGUGAAGACCUCUUCAACUAAUUGAAGAAAUCUCCAUGCAUUUCAGAGCUCUGAGAGCAAAAUAACAAAAAUUACUGCAGUCAUGUCUUGGAUUUCGAUUCUGUACCCCCAGAAAGAGAAGUUGAAAAGCCCUAUAUGAAACACACUGUCAGAUCUAAGUAAGGAUAGUAGCAUCUUCUUGGGGGUGUUCCUAUGGCAGCAUACAAGCUAGGUAGUAGAUUGCAAAGAGUUAAGCUGUCUUGUGGCACUUUUUGGAAUUUGUUGGAUUUGCAUGAUCAGACAAUCAACUUACAUAUAAAGGAGAAUUAUACAUUAGGAAGAAAUUCCACCCUUGGUGCCAAAAAGGUGAUGUAUCUGUUGGUGAGGAAUGGAAAGUGUUAGUUCCCAUAGCAGGCUUUAGAGACAGAGGGCAGAAAUUACAUCAAGAAAUGUCUUGUGCUUUUAUGGAAAGUUCUUUGGUUCAGAUAUGACCUUUUUAGUGAAAGGAGGAGACCAUCCCCCAGCUACCUUUUCCUGGAUAAUCUGUGGUCCAGGCAGAGGAGAGCCUUUUCCUCUGGAUGUAAAAGUGAUUUGAUUUCUUCCCGGAAACUGAAUAUCCAGUCUUGUGUUUACAGGUGGCAUGAAGUAAAAACCAAACUGAGCAACACAGUUUUAUGUGGCCUUUGCUUUGAAAGGGAGUAGUUGUCUUUACAGUGUUAGCUUUUAUUCCUUCUUCUGUUGGUUUUCUUCUUGGUUUUUUAUUUUAAACACAGACCACCCAGUAAUCUGGACUCUGCACUUCUGCAUUGUUAUUACUGUUGUUAUUUUAAAAGCAGUUUUCCACUCUGUGUGAUCAGAAAAAAAGCGGUGCAGCCUUCUGGGUGAACGAGCACAGCUUACUGUCUUGCUUUGUGUGUGUGUAUUGAAUACACUUGUACAACACAGGAGUCUGUCCACGGUUUAAGGUGCCUACCUGUUUCUUUACAAUUCAGCCAGGCAUCUUUUCUGAGCCCUGCACUGACGCUGUUUGCCCACAGGUACAGCAGUAGCGGGGCAGGCAUUCCUGCAGUUGUUCUGUUCUGUUCCUUCAAGUGAUACUGAACUUCCAUGCCCAUUUGUUCAGGCUUUGUCUUCUGAACCCUCCAGUAACUUUAGGUGCAAGGGGAGAACAGUUGCCAGGUGUGGCUUGCAUGCAAUGGUUGAUGUGAGUUCACUACAAAGUAGACCAAUGCCCACUGGUCCAUUUUCCAUAGCCUCCUAGAUGUUCCUUGGUUAGUAACUGUCUCUGCAUGCUUUGUAUGUGUCUGAGCUGAGGAUACAUGGAUUUUUAAGCUUCCAGAAUGGAUAAAGUUCCUCAAUCAGUGCUAUAAAUUCUAAGACAGGUGCAGGAUUUCUCUUGGGUAGUAUCUACUGUCCAUUGCCCUUUUCUGGAGGCAAAAGUAUCCAAACAUCAUGUUGGAAUAAUACGAAUCCUUGAAUUAUCAGUGUUAAUGCUAGAGUCAGAUGCAUUUCAAAAGUAUUCCUAAUACACGUCUGUUGAAAUUGUCUCAUUGCUUUGGAAGCAGGGAAGGUCUCCAGUUUUAUCCACACACACGCCAAAAAAGAAAAAUGAAAAGGCCAACAAGCUCCCCCCCCACACACAUACACCCAUUCUCUGCCCUGUAGUGACUUCUGACAAGUUGCAGCAUUGGAAUUAUUCCCUGUUCUUAUUAUGGACUGAUUGCUGUUCCUUUAGGUGUAAACUGGAUUGUGUAACUUCCUGUAUCUGUUAAUGUACGGAUAGAUUUUAUACAUUUUUUCCAUUUACAAAAAUCAACUUGAAAA